GUUUUGUGGUUCUCACCGGUAUUACGGACGUCUCAUUAACGCGGGAUAGAACACUGAGGACAAAUUAUCAUCAUGGAUAUGAAAAAUUUUUGUCGAAAGUUACCAAAGAUCGAAUUACAUGCCCAUUUAAGCGGUUCUCUCACAUUACCGACAUUGAAAAAGAUUUAUCUAAUGACAAAUAAAGAGAUUAUGCAAAAUCCAGAUUUUAUGUCAUUUGAAAAAUACGUACAGCUUCAGACGGCGAAAGAUUUGAAAGAAUGUUUCAAAUUAUUCCACGUAAUACAUUCGUUAACAGUUUCCCCUCAAGCCAUUUAUAUUGCCACAUGUGAGGUAAUAAAGGAAUUCAUGGAGGACAAUGUUAUUUAUUUGGAAUUAAGAAGUACACCACGGCAUGUAGAAGGAAAAAUGACGAAGGAAGAAUACAUCGAAGCUAUGAUAAAUGCCAUAUGCGUAUCUAAAAAGACUUAUCCUAAUAUAAUCGUUAAAUUAUUAAUAUCAGUUGAUCGGGCUCAAGAUUGCGAGAAUGCCAAAGAAAAUUGUCGCUUAGCAAUACAUUAUUCGACGCAAUAUCCAGAUAUAGUAAAGGGAGUGGAUUUUGGUGGAGAUCCAGUUAAAGGAAAAUUGCAUUACCAACCUUUAUAUAAUGCGCGACAAAAUGGUUUAAAAGUCGUAGUACAUUGUGCGGAGAUUCCUAAUAAAAACGAGACAUUAGAAGUACUUGAACUUCGUCCAGAUAGAUUGGGUCAUGGUACUUGUAUACAUCCUAACCUUGGAGGUUCAUUUGCCGCAUUUGAUUAUUUAUGUAAAGCACAAAUUCCUGUAGAAUUGUGUUUGACCUCAAAUAUUAAAUGUGGAACCGUACGAUCAUAUGAAGAUCAUCAAUUCAAAUAUUUGUAUCAAACUGGUCAUCCCAUUUGUAUCUGUACGGAUGACAAAGGAAUGUACAACACGACAUUAUCCAAAGAAUUUGAAAUUAUUACUAAUACAUUCGAUCUUAAGAAAAAGGAUCUCGUUAAUAUUUGCAAAUCAUCGAUAGAGUCCUCGUUCGCCAGCAGUAAUGAGAAAUUAAGGUUAUUUUCCAUUUUAAACGAUUUCGAUAAAAAGGGAAAAACGUUAAGUAAACAUCCUUGAAUAAAAGGAAAUUAAAUUUUAUUUCAUUCAUUUUCACGAAGUAUGUGAUCAUAUAAUAAUAUCCG